CUGACAGCCAUAUUUGAUUCGAUUAUGCUGUUCUGGUUGCGACAACCAGUUUAGCCAGUUCUUGACAAAUAAACGGUCUUUUCUGAACUACGAGACCAUCGAGCGGGUUAAAGUGACCAGCUGCAUUCACAGUAACGACAGUUCAUCACCUGAAGGCAACCAUGAACCCAGAAUAUGACUAUUUAUUCAAGCUGCUCCUGAUCGGUGAUUCUGGCGUCGGAAAGUCUUGUCUCCUUCUCCGGUUUGCAGAUGACACGUACACAGAGAGCUACAUCAGCACCAUCGGCGUGGACUUCAAGAUCAGGACCAUCGAGCUGGACGGGAAGACCAUAAAACUGCAGAUUUGGGACACGGCUGGGCAGGAGCGUUUCCGCACCAUCACGUCCAGUUACUACAGAGGAGCUCACGGCAUCAUCGUGGUUUAUGAUGUGACGGAUCAGGAGUCCUUCAAUAACGUCAAACAGUGGCUACAGGAGAUCGACCGCUACGCCAGCGAGAACGUCAACAAGCUGCUAGUAGGCAACAAGUGUGACCUCACAACGAAGAAGGUGGUGGACUACACCACAGCUAAGGAAUUCGCAGACAACUUGGGGAUCCCCUUCCUGGAGACCAGCGCCAAGAGCGCCACCAACGUGGAGCAAGCCUUCAUGACCAUGGCGGCGGAGAUCAAGAAGAGGAUGGGCCCGGGGGCCACGGCCGGAUCCUCGGAGAAGUCCAACGUCAGGAUCCAGAGCAAGCCGGUCAACACCUCGUCCGGAGGCUGCUGCUGAGACCCCAAGAAGAAAAACGAAAAAAAAAAACAGCCACGACCUGAAUCCACCCCCGAGCCCACGACCAGUCUCAACGUUACCAUGCUCCACAGGGGGCGUCGACCAGAGAGAGAGAGCGAGAGAGAGAGAGAGAGAGAGAGAGAGAGAGAGAGAGGAGGAAGAAGACUUUGAGCGGACCGGUUUGUAAUUGUGUGUGCAGCUACAACACCAGACCCCCCCCCCUUUUAAAAAAAGAAAACCCUAUUAAAGUCA